AUGCCUAGAGCUAUACUCAAAAAACCAGUUAAUAUUAAGCCAUCCAUACCUGUUAAAAGCACGACAUCUAAUACAGUACAAAAGCAGACCGAAGAGACUAGUGAAUCGAAAGCGGGUGGUAAUGAGGAUACGAUAUGCGUGGACACACUAGUAGAAUUUUUGAUGGAUAAUGGAGCCUCCAUGUUGUUUUCCUUCGUUGAAUAUGAUGGAAAAGCGAAAUCAAGUUUCAGCGAAAUCAGAGACACGGUUGCCAGUGAAGCCAGCCUAUAUUUUGACUCUAAAUGGACAAAGGCUCAAAUGAUGGAACGUUUGAACAAGCUCAUCUACAGUCAAUACCCUGAUGCUUAUGAAUUGUUUAGCAAAACUUUAAACCGUGGCACAAAAUACGUAGCCAAUUCAGCUUUUGACGAUACUUUGAACAAGAUAUGUCCCGGAUUCUAUGAUUUAAGAUCGGUUAUAGGUUCUUGGAUAAGAAGAGUUCCACCUCGGGUUGUAAUCUCUCCCGCGAAAAAGCCAGAGAAAAUAAAUUCGGACAAUGAAAAACAUGACAAAGGAGAUGUUGAUGUCAUUUCUGAUAAGGAUCCUAUUAUCAACCAUGAACUUUGUUCCACCAAUCCCACUUUGUCGUCUUCUUCUCCUUUAAAGGAAAAUACAGUGCCCAAUAACGUUGAAAAAAGAAAGCGAACGCUGGAGUUCGAUGAUGAUGAUGAAAUAGAUGAAGUCGAUCUUAAAGAAUUUAUCGGUAUUCAAAAAGAUACAGCAUCGAAGAAGUUACGAUUGGCGGAGUACACAGCCAGGUAUCAAAAUGCUCUUAAAAGAAUCGAAAUUUUAAAAUUAAGUAAGGAAGAAGCAGAAACAUUGUUAAAUAAAAUCGAUACCGCGUACGGCUUUUCAUAA